AUGGCCUCCUCCUGGAAACUGAUUCUCUUCCUGCCAGUCACCUGGUGUCUCUCAGAGUAUGCCAAAGCUCUUCCUGGCCCUCCUACACCUUAUGCUGCUUUAUUAAGAAUUAAGAAGAGUUCGUCCUCACCGCUCUUUGGUGCAAAGCCCAGACCACGAUACAGCAGCCCUGCACUGGGAACACCUGGCUGGCCAGGGUCUCCCCAACCUCGAUACUCCCCCAUCAGUCUCUACCACUCCUCAGAUGCCUUCAAACCAGACGAAAGCGUGGACUACGGGCCAGUGUUCGUGCAGGAGCCAGAUGAUAUCAUUUUCCCAACUGAUUCUGAAGAAAAGAAGGUAGCCCUGAGUUGUGAAGCUCAUGGAGACCCGGUCCCCAGCUACAGAUGGCUCCGGAAUGGAACAGAGGUGGACUGGGAAGGUGACUUCCGCUACCGGCUGCUGGACGGCACCCUGGUCAUAAGCAGCCCCAGCGAGGUGAAGGAUGCCGGCCACUACCAGUGUGUCGCCUCCAACACCUUUGGAAGCGUGCUCAGUAGAGAAGCGACUCUGCAGUUUGCCUAUCUGGGAAAUUUUAGUGGCCGGACGCGAAGCGCGGUCUCCGUGAGGGACGGCCAGGGGGUCGUGCUGCUGUGCUCUCCCCCUCCACACUCGCCAGAGAUCGUCUACAGCUGGGUGUUUAACGAGUUCCCUUCCUUCGUGGUGGAGGACAGCCGGCGCUUCGUGUCCCAGCAGACAGGCAACCUCUACAUUUCCAAAGUGCAGAGCUCAGAUGUUGGCAGCUAUAUUUGCCUGGUGAAAAACACGGUGACCAACGCCCGGGUGCUCAGCCCUCCGACCCCGCUCACUCUGCGCAGCGACGGUGUGAUGGGAGAGUACGAGCCGAAAAUUGAGGUCCAUUUUCCCCCGGUGGUAGCAGCUGCGAAGGGGACGACGGUGAAGAUGGAGUGCUUUGCACUGGGCAACCCUGUCCCCACGAUCACGUGGACGAAGGUGAGCGCGGCCAUCCCUGGGAAGGCGCGUCUGCGCAAGUCGCAGGCGGUGCUGGAGAUCCCCAACCUGCAGCUGGAGGACGCGGGCCUCUACGAGUGCCGGGCCGAGAACUCACGGGGCAGAAACACCUUCCGGGGCCAGCUGCAGAUCUACACCUAUCCGCACUGGGUGGCGAAGCUGAAUGACACGGAGCUGGACAGCGGCAGCAGCCUGCGAUGGGAGUGCAGGGCCGCGGGGCAGCCACGGCCGGCCUACCGCUGGCUGAAGGACGGCGCCCCGCUCCCGCCCCAGAGUAGGGUUGAUAUGGUCAACGGAGUGCUGACAAUCCACGGAGUAAACCGAUCUGAUGCGGGGAUGUACCAGUGUCUGGCUGAGAAUGAAUACGGAGCCAUUCAUGCCAGUGCCCAGCUGAAGAUUCUAGCCUCCCCUCCCACCUUUGCGCCAAGUCAGCUGAAGAGGACUGUCGUGGUCACCAGAGACCGGGAGGUGGUCCUGGAGUGCCAGCCCCAGGGCUCUCCGAAGCCGACCAUCUCGUGGCGGAAGGGAGACAGAGCGCUCAGAGAGAACAAAAGAAUAGCUAUUCUUCCAGAGGGAAGCCUGCAGAUCCUGAGCGCGUCCAGGGCGGACGAGGGCGCCUACGCGUGCCGCGCGGAGAACAGCUUCGGCACGGCAGAGAUCCUCGCCUCCCUGUGGGUCAAAGAGCCCACGAGGAUCGAACUCACUCCCAAAAGGACGGAGUUAACCGUGGGAGAGAGCGUUGUUCUGAACUGCAAAGCGAUCCACGACGCCAGCCUGGAGGUGACCUUCCACUGGACGCUCCGGGGGCAGCCCAUUGACUUCGAGAAGGACGGCGGGCAUUUUGAAAGCAUCAGGGCUCAAGCAUCCUCUGCAGAUUUAAUGAUCAGAAACAUCCUGCUGGUGCAUGCUGGGAGAUAUGGCUGCAGAGUGCAGACCACAGCAGACAGUGUGUCAGAUGAGGCAGAGCUCCUUGUUAGGGGUCCCCCAGGUCCCCCCGGGGUGGUCAUCGUGGAGGAGAUCACGGAAAGCACAGCCACGCUGUCCUGGAGCCCGGCCACCGACAACCACAGCCCGGUGUCCUCCUACAACCUGCAGGCACGCAGCCCCUUCUCCCUGGGCUGGCAAACCGUGAGCACAGUCCCGGAAGUCAUCACAGGAGACAUGGAGUCGGCCAUGGCGGUGGACCUCAGUCCCUGGGUGGAGUACGAAUUCCGUGUGGUAGCCACCAACGGCAUCGGCACCGGAGACCCCAGCACCCCGUCCCGCGCAAUCCGCACCCACGAGGCAGUUCCGAAGACGGCGCCGACCAAUGUGAGCGGGCGGAGCGGGCGGAGGAGAGAGCUGGUCAUCGCCUGGGAGCCUGUGUCAGAGGAGUUCCAGAAUGGAGCCGGCUUCGGCUACAUCGUGGCCUUCCGCCCCAACGGGACGCGCGGCUGGAAGGAGAAGAUGGUGACCUCGGCCGAGGCGGCGCAGUUUGUCUACCGCGACGAGAGCGUGCCGCCGCGGACGCCCUUCGAGGUCAAGGUGGGCGUCUACAACAACCGGGGCGACGGGCCCUUCAGCCCCACCGUGCUCAUCCGCUCGGCCGAAGGAGAGCCCAGCGCUGCCCCCACAGACGUGCAAGCCACCAGUGUGUCGGUGUCAGAGAUCCUGGUGGCCUGGAGACACCUUGCGGAGAGCCUGGGGCGCCCACAGGGAUUCGAGGUUGGCUACUGGAAAGACACGGAGGAGGAGGGCACCGCAGAGACGGUCAAGACCCGGGGGAACGAGUCCUUCGUGGUCCUGACCGGGCUGGAAGGAAACACGCUGUACCACAUCACCGUGAGGGCCUACAACGGAGCGGGCUACGGGCCCGCCAGCGGCGAAGUGAGCGUGGUCACCAAGAAGUCCCCGCCCAGCCAAGCUCCGAGCGACCUCCGGUGGGAGCAGCAGGGCGCUCAGGUCUCCCUGGGCUGGGAGCCGGUCAGGCCGCUGGCCAACGAGUCGGAAGUCACAGGUUACAAGGUGAUCCUCAGGCAGGAGGGCCACAGCCACAGCGAAGUCAUCGUCACCCAGAAGCCGCAGGCAGUGGUCCUACUGCCGGAGGCGGGCGUCUACAUCAUUGAAGUUCGGGCGUCCAGCGAAGGAGGGGACGGAACGGCCAGUUCCCAAAUCAGAGUGCCUUCAUAUUCAGGGGGGAAAAUCACGAGUGCACAGUCGACGCUGCACACGGGGUCCGUGUCGUCCUGGGCAGUGCUGGCCUCAGCCCUGCUGCUCCCACCCGCCGCCUGGUGAGACCGCAGCCCCUGGCCGGCUCCUCCGCACACCUGCCACCGGGAGCCCAGGUGGAGACGGGUCCGAAGAGGAGCUUCGAACCGCAGAACCGCGGGUACACUCACAAGGGGCCGCGGAACGCUGCCUCCUCACC